AUUUGUCUCUUUCCUUGUAGUCUGUAUGGUCUUAUUAUGUCCUCUCUCCCUCUCUCUCUCUGUUCCAAUAACAAGUCUCUCUCGCUCUCUCUCUCUCUCUCUCAUCUCUUCCUAUGAUUUCCCUCUCCACAAAUAACAAUGGUGUAGCUAGCGCAUCUACAAUUAGAGUAAAUUACAACUACCAGGCUUGUUUCAAGUGUUAAACUCAGCUGCAACUCGUGAUCUCAUUGUUUCACAGUUAUCAAGGACUCGUACAUUUUAUCUUGUAUGUGUAAAUGCGACAAGUUGACUGAGAUAUGGAGCAGUAUGAAGUACUAGAGCAGAUUGGCAAAGGAGCUUUUGGCUCUGCGCUUCUUGUGAGGCAUAAGCUGGAAAAGAAAAAGUAUGUUCUGAAGAAGAUACGACUUGCCCGGCAAACAGACAGGACCCGUAGGUCUGCACAUCAGGAGAUGGAACUGAUCUCCAGGAUGAGGAAUCCGUUUAUUGUGGAGUAUAAGGAUUCUUGGGUGGAGAAGGGAUGCUAUGUUUGUAUAAUCAUAGGCUAUUGUGAAGGAGGAGACAUGGCAGGAGUAAUCAAGAAAGCCAAUGGAAUUCUAUUCUCUGAAGAGAAGCUUUGCAGGUGGCUGGUUCAACUUCUAAUGGCACUCGAUUAUUUACACACUAAUCACGUCCUUCACCGUGAUGUUAAGUGCUCAAAUAUAUUUCUUACAAAAGAUCAAGAUAUUCGCCUUGGUGAUUUUGGACUGGCCAAGAUGCUGACUUCUGACGACCUUGCUUCUUCUGUUGUUGGGACUCCGAGUCAUAUGUGCCCCGAGCUUCUUGCUGACAUACCUUAUGGUUCCAAGUCAGACAUCUGGUCUAUGGGAUGUUGUAUAUAUGAGAUGGCAGCUCACAAGCCUGCAUUCAAAGCAUUUGACAUGCAAGCGCUGAUCAACAAGAUAAACAAGUCCAUUGUCGCACCACUGCCGACCAAAUUUAGUGGAGCAUUCCGCGGUCUCAUUAAAAGCAUGCUGCGGAAAAACCCAGAACUUCGGCCAAGUGCUUCUGAACUUCUGAGAAACCAACACCUUCAACCUUAUGUGCUAAAGAUUCACCAAAAGAUUAAUACCCCUAGGCGCAAUAGUCUACCAUCAACCUACUGGCCCGAAACUGAAUAUGUAAAGAAAACCAGAUUUGCAGUGUCAGAAGUUCCACGAGCCACAUACAGAGAGAAGCGGCUAUCUUACAGUAAUGACAGGACAUUGAAUCCUAGUAUAUCUCUACAUGAUGAUGAGUCUCCUGUUUAUGGCCGUCGGGUUCAAAAUACUCCCAGAUUUUUCAGACAAGGAGUUUCUGCGUUGUCGAGUGGAAAUGAGCAUGGAGAGACAGUAAUUAGCAAGUCAUUUGCUAAAAAGCCUUCAGUUGUCACCAGGAGUCCAGGAUAUUCUAAAAAGAAAGCUUCUGGCCCUCCUAAAAGAGCAGAACUGACAAAAAAACUUGAACCGUUACCAGUUUCAAGGACUACAACCAAACAAACAGCUCUUUCAAAUCGUAGAGCAUCUUUGCCAUUGACAAGAACUACAGUUCAAGAGUCUUCAUGCAGGGCCAACACUGAUAUCUUUGAUUGCUUUGGUUCUCCAAAUGUCUCUGUCAAUGCUCCUCGUAUUGACAAAAUGAUUGAACUUCCUCUUCCACUAAAUGAGGACUCCCACAUUCGUCGUCGUAGAACAUCAUUAACCUCAGCACAGGGAUCCACUACCUCCCCACAAGGCGAACAUUUGACUAUGAAGGACAAAUGUAUUGUUUCUGAUGAAACUUCGGGAAGACUCAGUGUGGCGGAUGCUUUGCAAGGGAGUAGCGAAUGUUCUGAUCAAGAUGCAACAGCAGGAGCAUCAAGCAAAGCCUCCUCAUACCAAAGGCAACAUCGUUUUGACACUUCUUCUCACCAGCAGCGUGCUGAAGCAUUGGAGGGAUUGCUUGAAUUUAGUGCAAGAUUGUUAAAUGAGGAACGCUUUGAUGAACUCGGAGUGUUGUUGAAGCCAUUUGGUCCUGGCAAGGUUUCUCCUAGGGAAACUGCUAUAUGGUUGGCCAAGAGCUUUAAGGAAAAUACAGCCCAUCAGGAUGAUCAGUACCAGUGAAUGACCUGCAUGUGUAGAAUAUAGUCUUAAACUGCAACUUUUUAGUUAGUUUCCAUGAUAAGUUGGCAGUAACUAGGGCUGAUCAUAUAGGCUGCAGCAGUAGUUCUUUCCAUGUGAUUUUAAGUUGCAUGGUUAUACGACUUUUCAAUUAAAUUUUUGUAGUUCUAGGAUUGAUCAGGACCGCAAAUAUCAUUGGAACUUAUGUAUGGCACGCAGAAUCUAGUACAAAGUAGUCUAACGGCAGACUAUCUUUCAGUUAUUUAUUCUAUAAUUCACUUA